AUGUUUGGAUUAAAUGAAAAUUGUAGCUUGGAUAAACCUGUAUAUAUUGAAAUUUUAACUCAUGGUGCAUCAAUUUCAUCUAUUCCAAUUUACACUAUAACAUUUUAUAUUCUAAUUUUUAAAUGUCCAACAGCUUUUGAUAAAUAUCGUAUACUUCUUCUUCGCCAUUUAACUUGUUGUCUUUUCAUGGAAAUUCAUAUGUCAAUUUUGUGGCAAUUUUCAUUAGUUUUGCCUUACACAUCGAUUUGUGCAAAUGGAAUUGCUUCUAAUUUUCCAAGAUUCAUGUUUAUUUUAUUAGUUUUCUCUAUAAUUCUAACUGGUUAUUCAAUAAUUGAUCUUUUCGAAUAUCGAAUGAAUGUUGUAACAACUCAAGAACAACGAAUUAUCAAAAAAUGUUUGUUAUAUUACAAGUUCUUUUGUUAUUUCAAUUUCAUAAUAACUUCUGGAAUUGGAAUUGCACAUUUACAAUAUUUGACAAAUGACUUUCAAUAUAAACUGAAUGUUGAAAAGGUUGAAUCCAAAAUUUACUGCAAUGUAAAAAGUACAAAUGAUGUAAAUUUCAGAAGUUUGGGAAAAUGCCAAUUUAUCUCUGGUGUGACACGUGCAUUUUUGCUCGAACAGAUUCCAUAACAGUUAUAAUCUUUUAUGGAUCUUGUGUGUUUUCUGUGAUUUUAGCAGUUCAAUAUUCUAAUUUCACAAUUGUAAUUGCAAUAAUUGGGAUGAAUAAAAUCAAAAAAAUCAUUAUCUAAGAAAACAUUAGCUCUACAGAGGAACUUUUUGAUCAGUUUAUUCACAAUGGUGCGUAGGUUGCCAUUUUUUGUUAAAAAAAAUAAAUGUGGAACAUUAGUGUGCAGUUCAUCUUAUUCUAAUAGCUGUGCCAAGUGGAAUUUAUCUUACAACAUUUUUCUUUUCUUAUUCAAAAGAAUAUAUGCGUGAGUUCUCAAAACCAAUGAAACACCUAAAAAUCAGUUUUUACAGCUUUGAGUUAUGUUUGCGUGGCUCUUGUAACUCAACAUGGUUCAGCCUCUACUUUGACUUUGAUAACAACAAAUAAUUCAUUGAGAAAUGUUGCUCUAGAAAUGGGUAACGAAAAUAGAUUUUUUGUGAAAAAAAGUUGAUAAUUUUCAGUUUCCUGCAAGAAAAAAGUGACGCCAAGUUUGCCAACAAGUCGCAUGUAUUCAUCAUAUUUUUCUAGAUGACCAAAAAAGUCGCAGACGAUAAUUAUAGGAUUGGUCCAAUGAACUUAUAUUCUAAGAAAUAUCAGAUAAAACGUUCUUUGUAAUUUGUAGGUAAACUGGAUACAAUCAGAAUAAUUAUUGCUUGCUAAGUCUGAAGAGAACCAAACGUAACUGCUGCAGUAAAAAAUAUUAUCUAAAACCUAAUGUGUUAUGAUGUUAGUCGGAAUAUUUGUUUUCUCUUCAAAGAAAUUCAAAAAAGAAUUCAGUCAGCAAAAAAUUAGGGCGUAUUUAGAUAAAAUCAUAUAACUUCAUGCUUAUUCCAAUUUCCAAAAUGUUUGUCAACAUAUCCCGAAAACUCUCAUUAAUUUUAAUCGUUUUCUUUUCAAUUCUUCUAUGUUUUAUGAUAAUUCUAUUCCCAUCUAGACCAAUUUCAAAUAAAGCAUUUUUCGAUAAAUUUAAUGGAUGUUAUCUAGAAAAUCUACACCCAUAUUUCAAUGAUUAUGAACAAUUCUGGCGAAAUUUCGUAUCAUCAACUAAAUCGUGUCAAAAAAUAUGGACACAAAAACUAACUCAAAUUGGAGAAAACUUUCUUAUUUUGCCUAAAAAUCCGGAGAAGAAUAUGACAAUAGUUAGUGUUGGAAUCGAUUAUAAUGAGAUGGAACUUCAAAAAAAGAAUCCAAAUAUUGAAAUGAUAAAGGCAGAUGAGAAAAAGCAAUCAACGACUGGUACAGGCAAAAUUUAUAAAUAUCGAAUCUCGGGAAACGGAAUGCCAUCAAGCUAUCCAGCUUUGAAAACAAGAAAUCGCUAUAUCGAGGGAGGAACUUCUGUCGGGGCAGCUUAUUUUUUAAGAAUCGUUUUGCAAAAACCAGUGAGUUUUAUUUUUAAACUAGUAAAAAUAUAACCGUAGCUAAAAAGGUGGGAUAAUGGUAGAACAGGCCCAUCUCUAAGUUCCUGAAACUGGUAAAGCUUAAAAUAAUCGCCCCACGAUGUCAGAUAUUAAUCUGAUCUCUCUAUCUUCUCAUAAACAAAACCUUACAGGUCAUCGAUAUGUUUUGGUUCGAUAGUAUGUUCAAUGAGCAAGACAUAAUGCACGAGCUCCACAUUGGAAAAGGUCUCGAUAAAUUGGCAAGUGAUCUAGUCAUAUGUCAAUUAAAUCUUCGAAUCUACCUCAAUCCCACGCACAGUUCUCAAAAAAUCUUUCACACCUUCAUUCAAAAACUUCUCAUCGACUACAAAUUUCUGAUCAUCCGAUCCUCCCAGCCAAAUCUUGCUCUAAUAAAACUUUUCCUGGUAAACAUGCGAGAUCCGGAAUGUAUACAUUCGUUUAUUCUUUGA